AUGUUUGGUUUCAUUCAUGAAAGUAUCCGUCAGCUGAUGGUGAGAAAGUUCGGGGAGGACUUCUGGAGUAAAGUCUUAUUGAGAGCAGGUUUUGAACCAGGGAAGGAGAACAUAGUAAAUCACUACUACUCGGAUUCGGACACGUACAUCCUUGUAGACGCAGUUAGUGUAACCGCAAAAAUGACCCGAGAACAAGUAUGGGAGAUGUAUGGUGGAUUUCUCAUCGAAUACACUAUGGAAAUCGGUUGGGACGAAUUGAUUCGUUCGAUGAGCCCGAAUUUGAAGGGUUUCCUGGACAACUUGGACUCAUUGCAUUAUUUCAUCGAUCACGUCGUAUACAAAGCUAAUCUACGUGGACCGUCGUUUCGGUGUGAAGACAACCCUGACGGCAGUAUCACUUUACAUUACUACACUGGAAGGCCGGGACUCUAUCCAAUUGUAAAAGGCGUUCUGAAAGAAGCUGCAAAGCGAGUGUUCGAGUUGGAUGUUGCUUUGGCCAUCACUGGCCGAACACAACGAAGCGUUCAAAUGGCAACAGGCGAACGUAUCGAAGAACACGUCAUAUUCUUAAUCAAGCCACUCCAUCCCAAUGGCUCCGGUCUGGAAACGCUUGGAAAUGUUGGAGUUCGUCCGCCGCAAGGAAAUGACUUCAAAAUCCGGUUGACCAACGAGGAUUUCAUUUCAACGUUUCCAUAUCAUUUCGUGGUGGAUCAGGAUUGCAAACUUGUACAGGCCGGAAGAGAACUUUACAAUUAUGUACCACGAGAUCUGCUUGCUCCUGGCACUCCACUGAUCCGAAUAUUUGAAAUCAAUCGUCCACAGAUUCCUCUAGAUUUCGAUUCAAUUUGUAAUUUCAUUAACGCUGUUUUUGUUUUACAAGUAAAGACGACACCAAUCGAAUUCCAACGGAGUGUGGGUAAACGUAACAGCCAGACAAUGGAAGGCAGUACUGACCAUAUGACGCAGAGUCAACACCUGAAGCUGAAGGGUCAAAUGAUGCUAUUAUCUACAGGUCGUCACGUGUUAUAUUUGUGCUCACCAUACGUUACCUCCAUUCCCGAACUACUCCAGUUUGGUAUGCGUCUUACCGCUAUUCCAUUACAUGAUGCUACCAGGGAUCUGAUUCUCCUCAAUCAGCAACGCCUCAGUGAUGUGGAAAUGAACCUCCAGUUAGAAGCCAACAACGAGCAAUUAGAACUUAUGGCCAAAGAUCUGGAAAUAGAAAAAGCCAAAACAGAUGCUCUACUGAGUGAAAUGCUUCCGGCAUCAGUCGCUCAACAGCUCAAACGUGGUCAGACUGUUGAUGCUCGAGAGUACGAGUCAGCAACAGUAAUGUUUUCCGAUGUGCCUUCAUUUCAACAAAUUGUGCCGGUGUGCCAGCCAAAAGACGUUGUCCACUUGUUGAAUAACCUUUUUACAAGAUUUGAUCGCUUAGUUGAACUACAGAAAGCCUACAAAGUAGAAACUGUGGGCGACAGUUACAUGUCCGUUGGUGGAAUACCUGAUGUUGUCGAGGACCAUUGUGAAAUCAUCUGUCACUUGGCACUAGGUAUGCUGAUGGAAGCGCGCAAUGUGACAGAUCCAAUUUCUGGCAGCCCUCUUCAUAUUCGAGCGGGUAUCCAUUCUGGCCCAGUGGUCGCUGGGGUUGUUGGUGCGAAGAUGCCGAGGUACUGCCUCUUCGGUGAUACAGUAAACACUGCGUCCCGUAUGGAAAGUCACAGUCCCGUUGGCCGAAUACACUGCAGUGAAAAUGCUGUUACAUGCGCUCUACAGACCGGCCGAUUCGAGUUCGAGGCGCGUGGAAAGAUCCCGGUCAAAGGAAAAGGAGAAAUGAAUACUUUUUUCCUAUUGAGAAGCUAUAAGCGCUCCAUAUGGGAGGUUACUCAAACCAAAAGAGAUGAAAACGUAAACAGUAUUGACGGAUACCAGGAGUUGAGAGAAGCGUAUGACGAGGAAACCGUUGAAAAGAAACCAAUCAAAUAUACACAUGCAUGUACUAUCUCAUAA